CUAUAAGAUCCAUCAUGAAGGCCGUCGCGAGCUUACUCACCUUUCCACUGGUAACCAUUGUGGCCGCUAUUGCACCGCGAGCUGAACCUCCUGCUGGCCCGUGGACUGCAGGUGUGUGGAAAAUCGCCGAGGGUACCGAUGUAUUCUUCUGGGGCACUCCAAUAAAUGCUAGCGGUGGGAAAUUCUGGAUCAAUAAGGCAGCAAGCACAGAAUGUCCAGGCGAUAUCGAAAAUCUAGAUUGCUCUGAAUACCCAGGGACGGAAACGAUAUUUGAUGGCGGGAACGGAACGGUAUUCCUGGAUGUAGGUGUGCCAGGAGGGCAGCAAGUCUACAUUGCCGAAAAUGGGGCUCUCUCUUAUACAAUACCUCACUCGGGACAGAUUCCGGAUGGUAGUGUCGCCACGGGUUUCUCGCGUCAAGUCAGCAACGCGUUCGGCGCCCCGGUAUUACUAUACCAUGCCAGCGGGACUUGGUAUAUAUGUCCAGUUGGCGAGGGAGAGCCGAAAGAAAAGGUUUACCAGUUGUACGUCGGGAAGACUGAUAUGGAAGGGUGUUACUGGGCGAGUGUGCGAACAUACCAGCCGGGAGGAGGGAACGCCUGGGAAUAUGUGUAG